CGUCUCAGUUUUGCAGCAUUAUAUUUGUACUUUCUCUCUCGGGUUUUGCUUAUUUGCUAACACCUUCUCGGACCAUCUCGCUCGCUAUCUCUCCUCUCCAUUUUCUUACCGACGCCAUCCCGUCGACGUUUGACAAUACGAUGCUGUCAACCGGGCUUGGACUGGUCGCAGCCCUUGCUGCAGUACCAUUCGUAGUCGCCCAAGAUGGCUCACUCACCGGGCCCACGUCGAGUUCGGCGGCCGCAGGCUACUCAUGCGACCCAAAUCAGUGCAAGCUCCCGUCGUGCAACUGCGCCAGUACCAGUCCUCCUGGUGGACUCGAUCCUUCCCAGGUGCCGCAGUUUGUCACCUUUACAGCGGACGAUGCCAUCCAGUCGUACACCAUCGACGCUGUCAAUCAGUUCCUCGGCAGUCGACUGAAUCCGAACGGAUGCCCGGUCAAGAUGACUUACUUCACGUCGUUAAACUACACCAACUACACGCUUGUUACCGAUUGGUAUGUUGCGGGCAACGAGAUUGCCGAUCACACCAUGACACAUGUUGGCACUCCGCCAAACGACGAGGUCAUGGGCAACCUCAUCGCGCUCAACGCCCUCGCCGGUAUCCCGCUCCCCGACAUCAUCGGCUUCCGCGCCCCCUUCCUCAACUACUCCGUCGACACCCUCACGAUGCUGCACAACGCCGGCUUCACGUACGACUCGUCCGCCUCGGCGUCGCUUCCAGUUGGUGCGGACGGCACGGAUGCCUUCUGGCCGUACACGCUCGACAACGGGCUUGCGAACGACUGCCUCACCGUCGAGAACGCGUGCAAGGGAAACCCGAAGCUGCCCGGGUUCUGGGAGAUCCCAAUGUACGCGCUGUUUGACCAGCGCGGUGCCGCUGGGGUGCACCUGAUGGACCCGUGGCUCGACGCAGCGAAUGGGAACAGUAACCCGGACGACGAGGCGACACUGCAGUAUAUGCAGAGCACGUUCAGCGACCACUACAAGGGGAACCGCCAGCCGUUCGGACUGUACACACACCCUAUUCAUCUUGCGACUGACUACCCCGGCGUACCUGCCCCCACGCCGACGAUUAACAUGAUCAACGACUUCCUCGACUGGGCGCAGGAACAGGACGACGUGUGGAUUGUCUCGAACGAGCAGAUGCUCGCGUGGAUCAAGAACCCGGUUCCCGUCUCGCAGCUCAACAACAUUCCCGAGUUCCACUGCCAACAACCCAAGAUCGACUCGAGCAAGCAGAUCUGCAACGGUAUCCCGCAGAACGAGGCUGGCCUAGUGGAGGAGUGUAUGUUCACCGAUUUCCCAUUUUAUACUUGCUACGGCUGCCCUACGGAUCCGCCGACCCCCUCGAACCCUAACCCCGACCAGAGCAACAAGACUCAAACCCGCCAUAGGAUCUCCUCAAACUGCACAACGGCUUUCUGGGACCCCGUCCAGGGCACAUGCCUGUGCGAAGGCUCCUCCUGCCAAUAUAACGACCUGACACAGGCCAUCGGCCCCAACGGCGCGAACUUGACCGGCGGAGGCUCGCGCUCGAGCCUGCCCACGCCGAAGGCGAGCAAUUUCAACGGCGCUGCGGACCUCGUGCUGUCUAGCGCGAGCGUUGCCGGUGUUUUGGGCACGGCGGUGGUGGGUGUUGUUGGGGCUGUUAUGGGCUGGACGCUUGUUGGUAUUUAGGGCUGUGAGGUCACAUCUUUUGCUGUAGUGUGCUUAAGUUUAUAGGGUUUAUAGUCGCCUGCUUGUUGUAUUGAAAGGUAAUUGGGCGCAGCGAGUACGCG